AUGAGGGAGGGUCUGGAGGUUGAGGCUCACGCCAUGGAUGUGACUUCUGAUGAGUCAAUUGAUGAAGUUGUUCGUCAAGUCCAAAGCAUAUUUGGCCACCUCGAUGUUCUUAUCAAUAACGCUGGCAUUGCAAGAGCGACGCCGCCUACCGAGUCUCUUUCAACGGAUUACGGACAGGUACUCAACACGAAUGUCGUUGGCCCCAUGUCAGUUACAGAAAAGUUCCUAUCGCUUCUGGAGCGAUCCAACAAGAUCAAGAGGGUUGUUUUUGUCUCAUCGGGAGCCGGAAGCAUCACUAAUUUGAUGACACCUGGAGCUUCCGUGAGAGCAUUCAAAGCCCCUGCUCAUGCCGUCAGCAAAUCAGCACUUAAUGCGCUCUGUGUACAGUAUGCUGUGGCCUAUGAGGAUGAUAAGAGCUGGAAGUUCAAUUGUAGCUGCCCCGGAUAUGUUUCCACAAAUUUGAACAUACCAAGGAAUCAAGACACCUGA